AUAGAAUGGAACCGUAGAAAAGUAAUGUAUAUUAGCACAGAAAGAAAAAGAAAUUUGCUUGAAAGCUAGAACGGAACAAAACUGUCCAUUGUUGUUAUCUUCAUCUUUUCUUCGCAUUUGCAUUUUCGAGCUGAAGCACAUUAUUAGUAUGACUAUGAGUAGUUGCGCAAUCUGAAUUUCGAUUCCACUAGCGCCACCGUGGCCACCCGCCUCCGUCAUGGCUUCUGCUGUAUUAACUCCUAUUUCAUCCAUUUUUGCUUCCCCUCUAUCUUCAUCCUCUUCUUCCACAAUUAGGACUAGAACUAUUUGGACCUCUUCGAGUUCUUUUAAUUCGUUGCCAUUCCGAUACUCUAACCUUGAGUUCUCCAAUCGGAUUCCUCAUUUGGGCCAGUGUCAAUUCAGUCAAUGGAACGGUCUGAAGAAUUUCAGCAUUUCCACCUCUCAACGCCUUCUAAAAUCAAAAUCAGCAAAAAAGGGCCUGUGUAGAGGUAAAGGAGCUCACGCUUCUCUAUUUGGUGUUGGGGCUCCUGAGGCCUUGGUCAUUGGAGUUGUGGCCUUGUUGGUUUUUGGUCCCAAGGGUCUUGCAGAGGUUGCUCGUAAUCUGGGAAAAACUUUACGUGCAUUUCAGCCUACAAUCAGAGAACUGCAGGACGUUUCAAGGGAAUUCAAAACUACACUUGAGAGGGAGAUUGGUCUUGAUGAGAUUCAAAGUUACAACCGGAACUUGCCUACUUCAACCAAGAAUACCUCCAGCCCUUCACUAGAUGUGGACUCCAAGGCUUCUGGGCUGCAGAUUGAUCCAAAUGGUUCCCCAUCACCCAGCAAGGCAUAUUCAAGUGAAGAUUUAUUAAAGUUAACUGAGGAACAGCUAAAAGCAGCUGCAACGAAGCAGCAGGAAGAGAGUGCAUCUCCCGGUGAUAAUCGAUCAGGAACAGAAACCCCAGUGGCGCAGCAGACAGUAGAAAAAUCUUCUAGUGAAGUCCCUACAGAUGGUCAAACCCAACCUCCUCAAGAUAGUCCUCAAGAAGCAGCUUCCGCCACGCCUUAUUCUGGAAAGCCUGAGAGUGACACAUGA